AUCCUGUACAUCUCAGGGGUUCAGGGACGAUCAAACAGCAUCUGUGCCUUAAAAGGUUCAUCAGUGGAUCUGCCCUGCUCAGCUCAACGUCCCACUACAAGCAUGAAGUGGUACACUGUACACCAGAAUGGAUCUGAAACUGUUCAGAAGGAGCUCUCUGCAGAUGAAAAUCGUGUGACGUACAACAUGUCUGCAGAGAGUAACUUCACUCUUACAAUCAAAGAUCUGAGAGAGAGCGAUGCAAAUGUUUACUGCUGCAGAGAGACUCCUGACAACCCAGAACUCUGCUGGCACAACAGAACUGAGCUCCAUGUUGCAGACCUGCAGGUAAAGGUGAUUCCUGCCACAGAGGGACAGAAAGUGACACUGAUGUGUAACACCAGCUGUCCCCUGACUGAAAACCCUGCAGGCUACGUCUGGUACAAGAACAGAGAGUUCCUCUAUCAGGACUGGUCUCCAUGGUACCAACAGCUGGUCAGCAGUGAGGAAGGAGUCAGCUACUCCUGUGCUAUCAAAGGCUACGGGGAUCUCAGAGCCCCUCAAGUCUCAGUGGAUUCUGUCACGUCGACCUGCUUCAGUGUGACCUAUGCUGAAGGGAAAAUGUGUUCUUAUAAGACAACAUCAGAGGAAGAGCCAUGCUCCAUCAGAUAUCCCAGAGAAGUACAUGUUCAAAGGAGUCCUGCAGCUGACCAGAGCCAUGUCACACUGACCUGUAACACAAGCUGUCCUUUGAGUGACUUCAUUUGGUACAAGAGCAGACAUGCAGUAGAGAAGAAAACAUUUGUAGUUCCCAAAAACUCUUCUGAAAGCUACUCCUGCGCUGUAAAAGGCCUUGAGGAUCUGCGCUCUGCUGAAGUCUGUGUAGAGGAUGGGAACUGCUUGAUUGUGAAUUACAUCCGCAGGAGAAUCUGUGCUCUACGAGGUUCUUCAGUGAACAUUUCAAGUGAAUACUUUUCCCCCAAUUACCAACCAAAGGCUAAACUAUGGUAUAAAAUAAAGAGAAGGGGGAAGGAAGAAGUGAAAGAGUCAAUUAAAUCUGUACCUCGUAUGAAGUUUCAUGACAACUUUGAGAAUAACCACAUCCUGACAAUCAGUAACCUGAAGAAGAAUGACUCAGCGGAAUACACAUUCAGAAUCCACAGUGAGGACCAAGGAUUGAGACCUGGAGUGAGUUUGGUUGUCACAGGUUUGAGAGUGAAGUUUACUCCCUCUGCAGUGGUGACAGAGGGCCAGAGAGUCACACUGAGCUGCAUUACCAGCUGUCCUCUGACUGACAACACAAAGUACAUUUGGUACUUGAACAGUCGACCUUUGACCCCAACUGAGAAGCAAAACAAACACCUGGUUCUGGACCCAGUCAGCAGUCAGCAUGCAGGGAAUUACUUCUGUGCUGCCGAAAAUCUCCAAAAAAUCAACUCUAAUGAAAAGACCCUUACUGUCCAGAGUAAAAUGGGAAAAUGGACGCAAGCAGCAGCAGCUUGUGCUGCUCUCCUGGUUAUUAUACCCCUCGCUGCCUUCUGGUGGAUCAGAAGAAAGAGGACUUCCAGUCAAUCUCCUAGAACUGAAACAGCAGACAACCUGGAUCAGCUAAACCUUGGCCCCCUGCGUCAUGAAUUCUCGGCUCAACCAACAGAGGAAGAAGAAGUUCAUUACAGCAGAGUUUACUUCCCUCAGAACCACACAGACCCUCUCUACAGCACAGUCCUGCCACAUCCGCCUCAAAAACAAGAAGACACCCCCUAUGCUGUUGUCAACUUCAGACCCAACAUGACCACUGAGCUAAUGGACCUCUAGAAUGUAAACAUCACAGCAAGUAAAAACUUCAAAAGACUGAAUGUAACAACACACCUGCCUCUGUGACAGAACUUGGAUUGUUCUGUUCAUCUCUGCAUUUAAUUCUGCAUUUAGGGACUUCCAUUGAUGACCUUAUCUACACCAUAGACCGUAUGAUCUACACCAGCUUACAGUGAAUCGGCAGGCAGGCGUCCAGCAUCCUAAUGAGACCUCAGGAACACUUGAGAGCGCUGAUGGU